ACCUUGAAUUUUGAAGGCAGAGAGGGAUUGAACAAAUUCUAAUAAUGGACUAAAAGAAUAGAUGCGGUUAACUUCACCAGUAGCUGGGCAACAACAAUUAAUUGUAAUAAUAUAACAGAAUGAAAAUAAAAGAGGAAGAUACCGUAUCAUGAGUUGGAUAGUCUAAACAAUUUUGCCGGUGGCAGUCACUGGAAAUUACAGAACGUGGAGGAGUAUACGGCUGUUGUCCCAAAGUUCUCCCAAAUGAGGAAGAUGAUGUACCUUAGGCUCACGCGCAGGGCCGCCUUUAUCGGCGAAGAAGAAGCGAAAGAAGAAGCUCUCAAAAUGUCUCUCGGACACGAAGACGACCUCUCGCAACAACCUGAAGCCCAGAACCCGGCGCAGGAACAACCGAUAGAUUACAAUGCAACUCAGCAACAACCGGCGACAGCUCCCGUCACCGACACCGUCGACGUUCUGGUACCGGCUCCAACCAACAGGCACAGGAAACGGAUCAAGUCGAUUUCCAAGAAUCCGCCUCCACAGAUGGACGCGACGCGACAAGAAGGCGGGGCAGUGUCUCCGAAUCGCGCUCGACGUCACAGGAAAAAGAAACAUCGCCAACCAGGCGAGACGCCGUCGCCUCCGCAGUCGGGAGGAGAAAACGUGGGCCAGGCGGCGCGAGAGCUGCGACGAUCCAGCGAGAAGGUAGCGACGCCAGGGGACCACGAUGAUGCACCGGUGGAAACCGGCGCUACGGUUUCCGUCGCCGGAUUCGAGUCGGACGCCAAAUCAAUGGCGCAGAACCAAGUAAAGGAAGGCGAAGUGCGCCGCUCGCUGUCCGCGCAAGGUGGCGACCAGCAGGAGAAGGAGGCUGCCGCUGAAAACCAGGCCGCGCCUGGCGAGGACAGCAUAGUCGCUAUCUUCGGCGGCAACGGCGCCUACCAGCGGUUGUCGCUGGGGUUCGCCAUUAUGGCCUACUUCGCCGUGGCCGUCCACAUCUUCCUCGACACCGUCAUCGUGCACGACGUGCGCUUCGCGUGCAGACCGCCAAGCUGGGCGAAUGAAUCGCUUCCUCCGGAAGACAGCUGGACCACCACGCAGGGCUGGACGAAGCACGACAACGGCAGCGCCUGUCGUCAGCAGCGACAGCCGGAAAGUGGUGACGUCACUGCUCCCUGCACUGCGUGGCUCUACGCGAACUCCGGCCACCACAACAACAUUGUGCAAGAGUGGGACCUGGUGUGUUCGCGGCAGUGGCUGCGGCCUUUCACGCGAUUCGGCUUCAUCGCCGGCGGCCUGAUAGCCUGGGUGCUGCCUUUCCUGAUCGACAGGGCCGGCCGGCGUCCGAUUAUUCUUCUGGGAAUGGUGAUGGCUUCGGCGAGCUCGCUGGCCAUCUACUUCGUUAAGUCGGUGCAGCUGUUCAUGCUAUUGCGCUGUGUCCUGGGGAUGUGCCUGGUCAUCCUCUACAUCACCAGCUUCGUUCUCAUGUUCGAGAUCGUGUCGAGCGAGUACGUGGCGCUGUUCGCCCUGAUCUCACAGCUUGGAUUUUCCUGCGGGCAGCUGUUCGUGGGCAUGCUUGACAAGCCCCAGCUCACGUGGCGCUCCGUGCAGCUGAGCUGCUGCCUGCCCGUCUGCGCAUGCGUAAUCGCCAUCCUCGCCGUGAGCGAAUCUCCGCGGUGGCUGGUGGCACGUGGCAACUUGGACCAAGCCGAGGCGGUUAUGAUGCACGCCGCGCGGCUGAACGGCGUCCGCAAGCGGAAGGCCCAGUUCCUCUGGCGGAAGGCGUUCAACGAACUCGAGAAGUCGCAAGAGCGCUGGUCCAUGGUCCUUCGCACGCCUUUUCGCGGCUUGCUGAUGUCCUCGACGAACUUGCGCUUUGUCGUGGUCAUGCUCGUCACCAGGUGCGCCACCAUGAACGUGUCCCACCAUUGAGUUCCUGUGGCAUGCAGGACACAAUUUGAGGAAAAGGAUGUCUUUGUCCCCAAUGAAGAUUUUUGUUCUUGCUUUA